AUGAAGACCGUUGUGCUGCUGCUGUGUCUGCCCCUGGUCCUGUCCUCCCCUGACUCACCCGACUCACCCGGGACCAGCGGGGCCCUUUCCCAGAAGCACCAGGACUACACCAGGACCCAACAGGAGAAACUGCACCAUAAAGACCUGGAUCAUUACACAGGGAAUGUUGUCGUUGACGUUGGCCCAAGACCAGAGAACCCUUCCACUGGAGAAGAUGGAACCACACAAAAGUUUAGGGGGCUUCACACCGAGGACCAGGGCAUUCUAGACCUGGACUCCAAGACCGGACAAGGUCUAGAGCCAGGUUUUGAGCUGGAUGAGAGCAAAGAUCAGACUGGGACUGAAGACCUGGGCCAGGAUCGUGAGGCCUCUCGGUUCUCAGACCAGACCUUCGACUUGGACAUGGGCUUGGCCCCUCCCUCGUCCUGGACCGGUCUGUGGGACGAGCUGAGGAGCCUGCGGAGGUUGGUCCUGGUUCUGAAAGGCCGGGACUCGGACAGGAGCCAGACCAUCCGGACCCUGGAGACCACCCUGAGAGACCUGACCCAGGAGACUCAGCAGAGCCAGACCCGGAGCCGGACUGUGGAUCAGGACCUCAGAGAAACCAGGAAAAAUGUCCAGGAGCUGCAACACCAGAACCAAGAUUUAAAGUUUGAGUUCUUGGAGCUGAAGUCCAGACUGAACCAGACCCAGUCCCUUCCUGAAGACCUACAAAGGAGCCAAGAGUCCAUGUCAGAGCUGCUGUUCCUGCAGACUCGGCUGAGGGCAGCAGAGGGUGCUGUGGAGGAGCUGAAGAGGAAGGGCUCUGUGUUUGCGUCAAAGCUGUGUGCGGCCGAGUCCCAGCUGCAGAGACUCUCCUUAGAAUGCAACACGUCCAGCAGCUCUGAGGCCGAGAGACUAGACCUUCUCUCUCUCCAAAAACAAGGGACUGUCUUUGAGCUGAAGGGGGCGCUCAACUCCACUCAGACUCUGGUGCAGGAGCUCGGACACAGAGUCACAGAUUUGAGAGCAGAGAUGGUCUCCAUGACGACAUCAGGGACAGGAGCAGUGGAGGAGCUGAGGUCUCACAUGGAGCAGCUGCAAAAACAUCUGCAGAAGAACAGCAGCGCUGAAGUCUCUGAGGUGAAGGAGAAACUGCAGCAGGAGCUGGACCUCAGGCUCUCAGGGACUGUCUCCGAGCUGAACUCCACUCAGACUCUGGUGCAGGAGCUCGGACACAGAGUCACAGAUCUGAGAGCAGAGAUGGUCUCCAUGAUGACAUCAGGGACAGGAGCAGUGGAGGAGCUGAGGUCUCACAUGGAGCAGCUGCAGAAGCAGAGCUCAGCUGAAGUUUCUGAGGUGAAGGAAAAACUGGAGCAGGAGCUGGACCUCAAACUCUCAGGAGCAGUGGAGGAGCUGAGGUCUCACAUGGAGCAGCUGCAGAAACAUCUGGAACAUCUGCAGAGGAACAGCAGCGAUGACGUCUCUGAGGUGAAGAAGAAACUGCGACAGGAGCUGGACCUCAGCCUCUCAGGGACUGUCUCUGAGCUGAAGGGGGCGCUCAACUCCACUCAGAAUCUGGUGCAGGAGCUCGGACACAGAGUCACAGAUCUGAGAGCAGAGAUGGUCUCCAUGACGACAUCAGGGACAGCUGAAGUCUCUGAGGUAAAGCAGGAGCUGGACCUCAAACUCUCAGCUGCUGCAGAAAGAAUCCACUCAGUGUCUGAGAAACUAAGAGACGUCCAGGCUCAGACUGAAGACGACACCGCUGCUCUGAAGUUAGAGCUCUCCUCGCUCCUCAGUCGAGUGUCUGUAUUCUCGGGUCAAAUGCAGAAAAAUGUGGAACAGCUGCAGACGGACUGUAGAGUGCUUUCUGUUCGUCUGGAUUCUCUGGAAUCACAUCUGGGACAACUUCACACACAGAACAAAGCUCAGUCGGACCAGGCUCAGUCUGUGGAGAAACAUCUGGAGCAGCUGCAGAGAGAGAAUAAAGCUGCAGCUCAGCAGCUCCAGUCUGUGUCUGAAAACAUCCUCCAAACUCAAACACAAACUCUAGAGCUGCAGACUUCGUUUCGAGCUGGAGACGAGGAGCUUCGCACUAAAACAGAAGCUCAGCUCUGGGACGUCCUCUCCAGACUGGACACCGCCGAGAAGCUCUCCGCAGCUGUGAGCUCAAAGCUCGAGGAGACCGAGGACGCACUGAGUCACAUCAAGGACCGAGCAGACGAUGUGGACCAGAGCCUGAGACUGAUCCAGGACCAGCUGCACUCGCUCUCCACAGACGUGAGGCAGAGGUGGAACUCCACAGAGGACGCGCUGCAGCUGCUGUCACUCUCUGCAAAAGGUCUGGGUCUCAGACUGGACCAUGGACUGGGUCUAGUCCAGGAUCUGGUCCGAGAGACGUCUGUGCUAGAGCUGAGGAUGAACCAGACCAGGGCCCGAGUGCAGGACGGACUCACAGACGUUACAGAGCGACUGGAGCAGCUGCACACUCACUCAACAGUCCUGUACCAAAGACUGAACUCUACAGAAGACAGACUCUCAGAGCUCUCCAGCACAGGUGUCCAGAAGGUGGCGUUCUCUGUGGGGCUCACAGACUCUGGGGCCGUGGGGCCUUUCGACUCUGAGACUGUUCUGAAGUUCAGCAAAGUCCUGAUCAAUGAGGGCUCAGCGUAUGACCCCAGCACAGGUCUGGUUCAGGCUCCAGUCCCUGGUGUGUACUUCUUCUCCUUCUGUGUCUCGGACUUCCUGAAAGGUUACAUGGGUGUGUCUCUAUGUCACAACGAUCGUCCAAUCACCUUCAGUUUGUCCCUGAACGCGCACGGGGGCUACAGCUCCGUGUGCAACAGCGCCCUCCUGUGGCUGAAGGCGGGAGACACCGUGUCCCUGCGGCUCCCCGCGUCCUACCGCCUCUACGACGACCAGCGCGACUUCAGCCUCUUCACCGGAUUCAUGCUCUAG